GUCCGUCGCGGGGAGAGGAAAUGGCCCAUGAAGUGGACCUGGAGUCCUUCAAGGAGUUGGAACGGGAGGCCAUUCUCGGGGUCCUAUACCGAGAUCAGGCUGUUCAGAGCAUGGAGCAGGAAAGGGUCCGGAAACUGAAAACGCAGCUGCAGCAUCUUCGGUGGAAAGGGGCGAAGAGCUCGAGCCAGGAGUACGAGGAAAAGUGCUGUGCACGCUGCCAGCGGACUCUGGGUGUGCUGCUCAACCGCGGGGCCGUGUGCCAGGGCUGCAGCCACCGCGUGUGCUCCCAGUGCCGAGUCUUCCUGCGGAGGACUCACACAUGGAAGUGCUCAGUGUGCUUCGAGGACAGAGUUGUGAAAAUCAAAACUGGAGAAUGGUUCUUCGAGGAGCGUGCCAGGAAAUUCCCAACCGAAGAAAUAUUUAGCUUCGAUCCGGGCUCAGUAGACAUGGACCUGAGCUCCGCCCCCAGAGCCCACCUCAGAAAAGGGCGGGGUCUGGUGGUCCAAGUGUAG